AUGAAAUACUUCAUCGCCAUCUCCCUGCUCGUCGCCGUGGCUUCGGCUGCUAUGGUCAAGCCUGUGGGCUCUGAGCUCGCUGAGCUCCAGGAGAUCAUCGCCGCCAUCAACAGCCCCAGCACCGACCCCGCCACCGCCGCCGCCCUCGAAGAGAUGCUCCUCGAUGCUCUAGGCGUCAAGCCCGAACCCGUUGAUGUUGGACCCGCAAUCAUUGACGCUGGUCACCACCCUAUCUCUAUCGGACCUGCCAUCAUCGACUCCAACCCCAUCUCUGUUGGACCCGCCCUCAUUGACUUCCCUCUGCCCGAUGGUGCCAUCGUUGAGGAGCCCGUCAUACCCGGCCCCGCUAUUGUCGCUCCCGCUCCCGUCGUUGAAGCUGCUCCCGUCGCCGCUGCCAGCACUCCCCUGGUCCAGAUCAUCCUGAACAUCAACCAGGCCUCCGCUGAGGCUAGCCCCAUCGCCGUUGGCCCCGCUGUAGCUGCUGAGGAGAUCAUCCCUACUCCCGUCCAUGUUGUUGAGGCUGCCCCUGAGGCUCCCAUUUCUCCUAUUGCUGUUAACCCCAUCGGUGUUGUAGCCCCUGAAGUCGCUCCCAUUGCUCCUAUUGCUGUAAACCCCAUCGGUGUGGUGGCUCCUAUUGCUCCCAUCGCCGUGAACCCCGUCGGUGUUGUGUCUCCCGGUGUGAAGCCCGUCAAGCCCGUCCCCGUAAUGGUGCGCCCCGCUUACUAA